GAAUGAUGAUAUUAUGACGAUUGCUGCUUGUGUUUGGCUCUGUUCAAGAAAGUUGCGCCACGAAGAAAAUACUUUCACGAGAGAGUGAGUAGGAUACGGUGGCGAUCUUCCUGCAGACGUUCCAGAGAACGGGAAAAACAACCAAUUCUGCAACCAAACGGGUUGGAUGCUUGUGGUCCAGCGCUAGAACCUUCACUCUAAAUCAGCCUGCGAUCGGAGCAACAUCUCGGACUGGGUGUUGGUAGCGAUCCUGAACCUGUGUCCGUUAGUUCAUUGUACUUUCGCAGUAAGCCCUUCAUCAACCAUGGAUACAUAUCGGGGUGGUCGUUCGGUGACCCUUUUGCUUUUACUUGUGCUAACAGUGGUACGAAUCGAUUCACUACCCGUAUCGAGCUUCCUCGAUGACGACAGUGACUAUGAUGAUAGUUUCGAGAAUGAGUACGAUCUAGUGUUCGAUCAGCGUCAGAACGGAACGGCCAACGUGCACGUAUCGGUGGAUGGUGUAAUGCUUGCGAUUCCGGGUCCCGAAAUGCCCCCGUCCGCAUCACUUGCAGGAGCGACACUGUUGGACCUAUUUGCCUCCCAACUUGCUGCAGGCGGAGAAUCGGAAUACGAGAGUUCGGAGGAAUCGUACGGUAGCAUCUCGGGAACAUCUUCUACUGCAGCUGGAGCAAGUUCGUCUACCUCUUCAACCACCAGCACGACGACAGUGGCUCCAGCAUCCGAUGCAUUGAUCGCCAGUGACUUCCCUUAUCAAGGCUUACCCGCCAACCUGCCAGCCAGUCUACUGGGCCAGGGCCUAUCGUUCUUUUUCAACCCGAAGCAUGCCGAAAUUCCAUUCCACCUUAAUACGGCACAGGGGUCUACAAAACAGACAAUUCCCCUACUCAUCACUAAGAUGGACAAAGCUCCAGCAACACGAGAUCCCGAUUCGGCGGAAUCGAACGAAGAUAGUCGUGAGCUGGCAGCGCCGGCACCUCAACAAACGCCCAAACAACAAGCCGGAAAGAAGAAGCGUAAGCAUAAGCGGAAGUACAAGGUGCGCGUCGCCAACUUGCUGAGACCGUUGCUGAAGCGUACUAUUCUAGUUCAGUGAACUCUCUCUUCUUUGAAAGUUUCUGUUGUGAUAAGAAGAUGGUAAAGGGAAAAUUUUAUGACUGAAAACCUAAAACUGAGAUGUAGUGUGAAAAUGGCAGAAGGAUUGUGAAGGACACUUUACCGGAAAAGAAAAGUUUCCCAAUGCUCAACUAACGUGUAGCGAAAUAAGAAAUAUGCAUUUAUUAUAACCACUAUUUUCUGUUUAGCUUAUGGAAACGCUGAAAAUAAAACAACUAUUUUUAAGAUAAAUGUAAUGUGAUUAAAAAUAUUAAUUGAAAACAUGGUCUUUGAACAGAAAACUGAAUUGGAUUACUCCAAAUAUCCCGUUGUUCUACUACGACGCGCCAUACAUAAACAGACGAGGAACCUGUUUUAGGCUUGCUUUUAACACAUUUCUGUUUGUUAACACUUCUUCUUUAGCUAUAAUGAGAAAUUAAAAAAAGCAUACAAUAUUUGAACCAAUAACCCGCUGAAACAAAAAUAAAAAAAAUAAAGUAGGUCAAGUUUAAUUUUGCAGAUCGUUGCUCAAUGACUAUAGUUAUGUUGACUGUUGACUUUGUUGUUCACUUUAUGAAGCUAAGAAGAAAAUUAUUCUGAGUGUCGUUGAGUGAGAGUUUACAGAGUUGUUGAAUUUCAUUUCAUUUCCUAUAUACUGUUUAGUAAAACAAGGAAAAGAUGACUAUUCUUGUCUGAUUUAUAUUUACGACACGACCUGUUAGUAAAUAUGCAAUCGAUCACCAUACGUGAGCAGAUCUUACACUAAAUGAUUGUUUGUGGCAUAGCCAAUCGCUUAUUUAACUAGAAAUUAAUCAAAAUUCAUUCAAAGAUGCGUUUGAAUUUAUUUUUUCACAGUUUACACUGUUAUUAGCAGCAAAAACUCCUAUUCUAACAUUCAAUUAAUCAGCAAUCGCAUCGCACACGAAACCGUUUACGAGGCCAAUGAUAUAAGUGAAUAUUGGCAUCAUUUAAUUUACCAUAAAAUUAACGUCCAUUAACAGCUUAAUCGAUUCACCGCGGGAACUACGUUCUUUGGUAGACUUUUUUGUUUGUAUGUCGCAACACAAUAGAGGAAGGACAUACCAUUUUCUUACCCAUAAAACCGAACACGGCACAUUCGGGAGGUUUACGAUCCGAUCCGCAUAACCGAUCGCUAGUGCAAUGCGGUUUGGUCUGUGGCAAAGGUUCGCGUGUCACGCAUCAUUCGAAUCACCUGUUUUGGGUUUCUCUUUCCAUGGUUUCCCUUCCACGGAUGGCAUUUCUUUGUGUCUGCUGUUGGUUGAAUGGUUUUGUUUUAUUAUUCGUGUGUGUAUAGGUGUCGUAUGUUUGUUUGCGGAUGCUUCCCAGUUUCUCCACGUUUCUACGCACCGGUCACGUAUUUCAAAUGGUAUUUCAAUGGAUCAAUCGAUCAAAUACAGUGUUGAGUGUAUUUAUGAGUGUAGUGUAGUAAAGACAAUAAAAAAUAUUAACCAG